AUGGGGGAAAUCCGUCCUGCUGCAGUAUCAGUAAAUUAUAACGAAGCGACAUUUGCUGGCUCCCUUUUCCUUCGAGCGAAGGGAGCGAGUUCUGUCCUUCCGAGUGAGCAAUCACUGUCUCUUCCACGAAAUUUGCUCUCCUUGCAUCCUUCAUCCGGCUUUUCUUCUUCCAUCAGUCCGGCAGCCGGCCGACCACCGUCCUCUAGCCCUUAUUCCUUAAUAGACGAAGGUGCUUGGGCUUCAGACUACGAGGACUCGGAUGAGACUUUGGCAGAGAAUCAUCUGAGAUUAAACGGAUCAAAUAGAGCUCUUUUUGAUGAGGAAAUAAACGGGAGUGCGGUGAGAAGGGCAGACAGACGGCUGUUUUCUCGCGGAGAGGAGAAAGCACCGUUGCUGGAGAGGCUUAGCCUUCAUGGAUAUCAUGGGGCUUCGGCCCUGCAGGUAGGUGGCUCUUCUGAGAAAGAGGAUAAGCAGAGCAGUGAGGCGGAAAGCGAAGCCGAGGAAGAAAAACCCGACGAGGAUGAUAAAGCCAGUGAAGCGGGAAAAUCUACUGAGGAGAGUGAUGAAUCGUCGGCAGGAGAAGACCAGAAAGAGGGAGCGUCACAAGAAAGCGAGCAGGGGCAGGCCGGAGAGCAAUCAGAAGCAGCAGCGGAGAAUAGCAGUAGAGAUGACAGCAGCAGCCCUCAGGCGAAAACAGAGGGGGGCUCGCCGACGAACGAAUCUUACACCGAAAAUCAGGAUAAUGAGGAGGAAAGUAGUGAAACCAAGGCCAGCAAGUCAAACAAUGAAGAAGCCGAACAGGGCACUCAAGCUGAAGCAGAAGAUUCUUCCUCUGAGGCAUCGGCCAGCAGCUCUGAGCGGCCACAUGCUAGGGCUACUGCAGGCGUUCAGGAGGUUACUGCCGCUGUGCCGUCUGAUGAUAAGGACGAGGCAGAGCCUUCCUCCUCGCAGCAAGCAAACACUGUAACAGGGGCUGCUGAAGACGCCAAGGACGAGGAGUCACCAACAAAUAAAACUGCAGCCACAACGGAAGAGCCAGAAGAUCAAAGCUCACCAGUGGCAGAUUCUGGAACAGGGGCUUCCGAAGGGCAGGCACAAGCAGUGAAAAGGAGCGACAUUGAGCAGGUAGAUUUGGCUGCGGAGGCUCCGGACUCUAGAGGGGCAACCCCCUCUGCUGGAAAAUCACAAGUGCAAGAGUUGCAUGCAGGGGAGGCUGCGAUAAAAGCGCAUGACGGGGGAACACCCGAUAGCACAUCUUCGCAGGGAAAAAACGAGACAGCAGCCUCAACAAAAGGCACUGAAGAGCGAGAGCAGUCUUCGUCCCCAGCGCAAAUAGGUGCAACUGAGAGCCAUGACCAAGGUGACUCUACGCGGGGUUCUACGACGCCUGUCGAGGAGAGUCACCUCGAAGGCACCGAGGGUAUUGCAGCCAGCACCGGACAGACUGCAGAGGCCAAGGUCGACAUGCAACAGGGAAAGUGUUACACGGAGAUUGCACUGGAGGCCCUAAAGGAGGAGAACGAGCUCAUCAAGAAAGCAGCAGAAAAUGUCCAUUUUCAGGAUGCAGAUCAGGGGUUCUGUGAUGAAGUUUUUCGGCGGAUCGAUGGGCCUUACUCUCUUGCCGAACUCACUGCGCUGCUGAGGGCUGCGGACGUCGCAAAUUCACGUAGCCGAAAUUUCAGAUAUUGUCGAGCUACAGCGACGAGCAGCCCCCCCAGAGUGCGAGAUGGCGACUCGAUCCUGCAUGCGGCUAUUGCUGCCAGAAAACCACAUGUGACGGAAGUGCUGCUGCAGUUCGGCGCUUUCCCCGAUAUACCCUCCAUCCCCCAAAAUCAGAGGACAACUGACGCCACUUUAUCGCCACUGAGCGCUCUCAACACUUACGAGGCUACAAAUGGCAGGCCGCUGCAUGCAGCGGCGUCGAUUCAGUCUUUGGACAGCAUUGAAUCGGUGGAGCUGCUGAUGCAGUACGGCGCUAAAGUUGACACCAGAGACACCUUGGAGAGGACACCCCUUAUGCUUGCUGCUUACCAUCCAAAGGCUCUAUCAAGCGGGUUCGUCAAGCGCCUACUCCUCGCAGGCGCAGAUGCCAAGGCCACUGAUAAGGCCGGUAUGACUGCUCUGCAUUAUGCGGCGGCUGGUGACAACUGGCCCGUCGUGCGGAUCCUGUUGGACCACGGGGCUGAUCCCUCAGCCCCCGAUGUGCAAGGCAACACCCCGCUGCACUACGCGGCCAUAUUUAACGCCUACACUUCCACCACAAGGCUUCUGGAGACGGCAGAGAUCGGCGUGCAUAUCAAUGCGCCGAACGCCAGAGGAAAGGCCCCAAUUCAUCUAGCAGCUGCACCAGUUUUGUAUCAGGCGGUGCCAAGGUCUAUAGUGCCAGCUCUAGCCCUUGAGGCGCUUCUGCUGCACCACGCGAACCCCAUGGCAAGAGACAAGGAGGGGAACACGCCGCUUCAUCUUGCAGCCACGGGCGGAUAUGUAGAAAUCAUGCGUAGGCUCGUGGACAUGGCCAGUGUCCCUGCUGAAGAGAAGAACGCGGAAGGGCUAACUCCGCUGGCUGCGGUGCAGAAGUCAGGGAAGGGCCCGAGUACGGAUGAGAUCGUUCAUUUCCUGAAGGUUUACAGCGAAAAUAAGAGCUGCAUUGAGCCGCCCCUCGUGCUACACUCAACUCGCAUAUUUUCUGAUACGGUUCUAGGUCCUUACAUGCGCGUGGGCGACACAGUUACUUAUGCAUGCAAUCCCGGCUUUUCAAUGUAUGGGCACCAUACAGUAAUGUGCCAGGAGCGUGAUGGGAAGAUGGAGUUUGUGCCAACCCCGCCAUUAUGUGUAACGAGCAAAGAGCCAUCUGCUGCCUCCCUCUGUGGCACUGCUGCUUCAGUAGUGGCAGUAAAGCUUUUGCAGGACGGCAGAACAGCACUAGAGACCUGA